CCCCCAAAUGUCAGGACGGUACAAAUACCCCCCAAAUGUCAGUACGGUACAAAUCUCCCCCAAAUGUCAGGACGGUACAAAUCCCCCCAAAUGUCAGGACAGUAAGAAUCCCCCCAAAUGUCAGGACUGUACAGAUAUCCCCCAAAUAUCAGGAUGGUACAAAUCCCCCCAAAUGUCAGGACAGUACAGAUAUCCCCCAAAUGUCAGGACAGUACAGAUAUCCCCCAAAUGUCAGGACAGUACA